CACAUGUAUAUUUUGAGCAAUUGUGCAGAGGUUGCAGAGACAUAUAGCAAGAUCUUCAAGGAGGAAAAACGAUAUGCAAAUCCUUACAUGACUGAUGCAGAGUUUGAAGUCGCGUUUCACAACGAGUUUAUUCUGUGGUUUAACCAUUACGUUUGUCGUCCUUGUAACGACGAGUUGAACCCUUAUAUUAGGUCGCUUGCAGCUGGACCAUUAAGGGAGAUUGAAACAUACUCCGGCUAUUUCGUGAAUGGCUACAGGUUUCACACAACUGAUCAUGAUAGAGAGAGUGCGACUGUGAACAGUGGCGUUUGCAUAAAAGGUUCGGUCUAUGGUAGUGAUAGAGAUGUGCUAGACUUUUAUGGGCGUCUGCAAGAGGUUUGCGUGCUGGAGUAUCCGGGGUAUCCAAUUAAGCAGACAGUCUUGUUCAACUGUGAAUGGUUUGACUUGUCGGCUCAGGGAACUUCUAUUGAUACAGACUUCAAGUUAGUUUCACUGAACCACACACGAAGAUAUAGGAAGUAUGAUCCCUUUGUUUUGGCGAGUCAAGUAGUUCAAGUGUUUUACUGUCCCUAUCCCAGUACGAACCAAUCAAAGAAAAAUUGGUGGUCAGCAUGCAAAGUCAACGCAAGAUCUAAGGUUGAAGUGUCUACUGCAGCAUCUACAUCAACAUUAGAUCAACCAUUUCAAGAAGAAGUGGUUACUAUUAUGCCUACUCACACAAGUGUAGGCAUUGAACAACCACUUCUCCUUCAUCCCCUCGGUGGAGUCGUUGAGAUUGAAGAUGACGAUGAAGCAGAAGACGAUGAUUCCCCGUUGACAUCUAACGAUAGUGAUGAUGAUAGUAGUGAUGCUUAUGAAUAAAUGCAUCAUGUCUACCUCUCGAGGUUUGUUGGGAUUUGGGAGGCAAUCUGGCGUUAAUGCGCCAGAAGCUACAGCAGAUACAUCUGAUGGGUCUGGGACGCAUAUUUCUGGGACUCCCGAGACUCCCAAUGCUUCUAGUAGUUCACGGGCUAGAAGGCCUAGGGGCCCUACAGCUGCCGCUAUCAGAGAGAGAGAGGUUAAGGCACCUGAUGGGAGGACGGUAU